CGCCUGCUGUACCUAGGUAUUCGGCGCUAAUACAGGCGGUACAUACACUGAGGUACAGUUCCAAUCACUGAACUCAGAGCCUCAAACAGCCUCAACCCAACCGCUUCAUUGCAGGCUGAAAUCCCCGACAACCAUUGAUCACGGGCAUGUGAGCUCUCAACCUCUAGUCUCAGCUAGAGAAGCCCGCGCCGGCGUCAUGCCCGUCCAGGUCUAUUCCUUGUACAUCUUUGACCGUCACACCGAGUGCAUCUACUCGAAACAAUGGCUGUCGUCCGCAGCGACGGCCACCUCGCCAGGACUCGCCCCGUCCGAGAAGCACCGCCAACAACAGCAACAACAAGCCAAUAGCACCGACGCAGACCAACAGCAACAGCAGCAAGCCCCCGCUAAGCCGCGCCGGAACAAGGGCGCCGAUGAUGCCAAGUUGAUCUUCGGCACCGUCUUCAGCCUGCGGAACAUGGUGCGCAAGCUGGGCGGCGACGACGACGCCUUCAUAUCCUUCCGCACCGGGCAGUACAAGCUCCACUACUACGAGACGCCCACGAACCUUCGUUUUGCCCUGCUGACCGAGCCCGGCGCCCUCAGCAUGCGCAAUGUCCUACACCAGAUCUACAUCAAUCUCUGGGUUGAAUACGUGGUGAAAAAUCCCCUGUCACCUGUAGAGCACAAAGGUGGCGAGGGUGUGCGGAACGAGAUGUUCGAGCUCGGUCUGGACAAGUUCAUUCGUGGAUUGAUGUGAACGAGGCGAGUCACCUCUUGACGUUUACUUCUCAGCCUUACCCGGCAACCAACCAGUGGCGAGGUAGAGCACGGUGCAGGCCAUAAUAUGCCAUCGCAAAAAUCGAACAUAACUGUUUGGUAACUGCGGAGAAACAUAAGACAAGACCACCACGUCUAGAAUUUGAAAAUCUAAACUGCCUAAGGUGUGCCUAGUAACAUGCUCCCUGAUCAG